AUGACAAAUGGUACUUCCUCUUACCGCCCGAUGUUCCUCUGCGUAGACGUCGUAGUGCGCGAGUACCCUCAAGUCGAAGGCCUUGAUCAUGUAGCCAUCCAGAUCAAGGCACUCUUGGACGUGUCCAGGGUCUUGUCCGUCGCGGUGGCCGCGCAGAACCAGCCUCUAAACAGCCAAUCCUUAACGCUGUUCGAACAUGCCGCGUCGCGGGAGAAGAAGAAGCUGCUCCAUUGGUCCUCAGAGCUGAAGCGCAGCUACAAACAAUACCAGUUCGAAACAGCGCUAAACAACGCAGCAGCGCGAGGCUUCUUCACAGGCAGAGCGGCGCUGUACAGUGGCAAUCUGCAAAUGUUGCACUAUCUCCACGACGAAUUCAGCAACAAGAUGGUGGACGACGCAGCCGUCGAUAGCCAAGACGCGAUCGCCCACGCCGCAGCCAAUGGACGUCUGGACCUGGUGCACUGGUAUUGCGAGAUGAAAGGCCCAUACGCCUUCGGAUGGAACGUCAUGGACGCGGCAGUCGCCCAGAAUCACAUGGACGUCGUCCAGUAUCUGGACAGUGUCGUAGGAAAUCGAUGCACGAGACGUGGACUCGACCGAGCCGCGUUGAAUGGCCAUCUGAACGUCGUCAAGUGGCUGAAUGAAUCUCGGUACUACGAGAUCAGGACGUUCCAGUCACUGGAGAACGCCAUUGCAGGUGGCCACUUGGCUAUUGUCCAGUACGUGAUGCAGACGGUAGAAGUGGCCUACACGUCGUGGAUGCAAGCGGCGUUGACAGCUGCCGUGACCCACGGACGGCGACAGAUUCUGCAAUGGCUACACGAUCGAGCGGCGGCCGAGGCAGCGAUGCAUAACCGACGCUUUAGAUUUGAGAUUUACACCAACCAGCUGUACAAAGUAGCAAGACAGGGCCAUCUAGAUGUGCUGCAGUGGCUCCACGAUCACAAAUACCCUGUUCAUUGUCGACGCGCUCAUGUUGUGCGUGGAGCUGCUGCAGGAGGACACAAGGAAAUUGUCGAGUGGAUGGAACAGACCUUUGAAUCGCUGACACGUCAACGUCAUCGGAUUCGAGUGGACGGAGCUGCAGCGUUUGGAGAUCUCCAGCUCGUCCAAUGGCUACAUUUUCAGGGAUAUCGGUUCACGGCCCACGCGAUAGAUGACGCAGCUGCAGGGGGGUCUCUGUCUAUUGUGUGUUGGCUACACGGACACGUGGAGAACUCGGAGUGCACUGCUGCUGCGAUGGAUCGUGCGGCAGCUAACGGCUUUUUGGGUGUCGUGGAGUUCCUUCACGUGAACCGCAAAGAAGGCUGCACGACUGCAGCAAUGGACGAGGCUGCGCGAAAUGGCCACGUCGAAGUGGUUAAGUUCCUCUACAAGAACAGGAGUGAGUACUGUACAGCGAUGGCGGGGGAAUCGCGCUGCGUCAAGGUGCUGCAGUUCUUGAAAGACCACAAGCGGCUUCGCUCUAGACUGCCCAGGACAGUGGACGCUUCAGCAAAAGGAGACCUGCAGCUACUGCAAUGGCUUUACGAUCACGAUCGGAGACGUUUUGGCUUUGAGGCUGCUGUGGAAACCGCGCGUGAGGAAAAUCAGUUUCACGUAUUGCGCUGGCUGGAGACACUGCCUGAAGCUGGUCGAUUCAUGUAA